AAGCUCCUGCUCGCUCGCGAACUGGAUGCUGACAGGCGGCGGCGCGCGGCGCGGUGCGGUCAUCAUGCAAAGGUUACUACACUGGAUCAGCCUCACUAGAGAGGAGGCUCUGAAGAAGAAGAAGAAGAAGCCGCUUCUCCGCAGCAGCAGGACCCGGAGCACCGAGGAGCAGCUCAACACGAGAGACGAGUAGCCGAUAAAACACACAAAGACACACAAACCCCCCGAGGACUCCUCACUACUGUUAUAACUGGGCUUAACGGCCGGCAGGUGUUUAAAGACGAUGGACGCAAGUUGUGUUUUUCCGCGGACGACGGCGGCAGUUGGCUCCUCUCGGCGGUAAAGUGGCUUCAUGAGUGUCCAAAGUAACAGUGGAAGUGGUGGUGGAAGUUUGGAGGCGACGCCAUCUUGGUCGCAGCUCUCCUCGUCCCCAACGGUUUCUCAACAACAUAUAACGGCUACCGCGAAGAGCAAGGAAGGCCCCAUGGAGGAGCUGCACAGCCUGGACCCCAGGAGACAGGAGUUGCUGGAGGCCAGGUUCACAGGAGCCGUCAGUGGCAACACGGGAGGCAGCACUGGGAGUACCAGCGGAGGUGCUAAGGGUCUGGCAAAUGAAUCCUCCAACCACAGCUAUGGCAGUCUGGGCUCGUCUAGCGACAAGGAGUCAGAGAACUCUGAUUUGAAAAGAGGGAGCUCCCCUGCCUACUCAACCCCGGAGAAGAAGCACUCUGAAUCGUCCAGAGGGAGGAAAAGGAAAGCCGACACCUAUUCCGAGAGUAGUCAAGGGAAGACCUCCACACGUGGGCCCAAGAUCAGCGACUACUUUGAUUUCCAGGGUGGAAAUGGAUCCAGUCCGGUCAGAGGCCUCCCAUCAGCUCGCCGCUCUCCACAGAACUCGCACUCGGCCCCGGGCUCAAUCAUCCGGCAGAACAGCUCCUCUCCUACGAGUCUGUGUUUUGGGGAACACAAUCCUAAAGCCUCUUCCAGCAAGUGUGUCCAGACGGAGUUAACAGGCCUGAAACUUGCUGCUCUGGAGAGCAACAAGAGUCUGGACCUGGAAAAAAAAGAGGGGCGAAUAGACGACCUGCUCAGGGCUAACUGUGACCUGCGGAGACAGAUAGAUGAACAGCAAAAACUCCUGGAGAAAUACAAGGAGAGGCUCAAUAAGUGCAUCACCAUGAGCAAGAAACUGCUCAUAGAGAAGAGCACUCAGGAGAAGCAGUCGUGUCGUGAGAAGAGCAUGCAGGACCGCCUCCGUCUCGGUCACUUCACCACUGUCAGACACGGAGCGUCCUACACGGAGCAGUGGACGGACGGAUACGCAUUCCAGAACCUGAUCAAGCAACAGGAGGGCAUCAAUCAGCAGAGGGAGGACAUAGAGCGACAGAGGAAGCUGCUGGCCAAGAGGAAGCCUCCAAACCCUGCAUCUCCCUCCCUCUCAGUGGCCACCACCUCUGAACCCAAGCAGCGCAAAGCUAAGGUGGUCAACGGCAACGACUCCGACCCCUUCCUCAAGCCCUCCUUGCCCCAGCUACUGACCCUCGCUGAGUACCACGAGCAGGAAGAGAUCUUCAAGCUCCGCCUUGGACAUCUGAAGAAGGAGGAAGCUGAGAUCCAGGCAGAGCUGGAGCGGUUGGAGCGGGUGAGGAACCUCCACAUCAGAGAGCUGAAGAGGAUAAACAACGAGGACAGCUCAGCGUUUAAAGACCAUCCUACCCUGAAUGAGAGGUACCUGCUGCUGCACUUGCUGGGCAGGGGCGGCUUCAGUGAAGUCUACAAGGCUUUCGACCUGUUUGAGCAGCGCUACGCAGCUGUUAAAAUCCACCAGCUCAACAAGAACUGGAGAGAGGAGAAAAAGGAGAACUACCACAAGCAUGCAUGCAGGGAGUACCGGAUACACAAGCAGCUGGACCAUCCCAGAAUAGUCAAACUGUAUGACUAUUUCUCCCUGGAUACUGACACGUUCUGCACAGUCCUGGAGUUCUGCGAAGGCAACGACCUGGACUUCUACCUGAAGCAAAACAAGCUGAUGUCAGAGAAGGAGGCCCGCUCCAUCGUCAUGCAGAUCGUCAGCGCCCUGCGCUACCUCAACGAAAUCAAACCCCCCAUCAUCCACUACGACCUCAAACCUGGUAACAUCUUAUUGGUGGAUGGUACUGCGUGUGGAGAAAUCAAAAUCACAGACUUUGGCCUGUCUAAGAUUAUGGACGAUGAUAACUACGGCGUGGACGGGAUGGACCUCACAUCGCAGGGAGCAGGCACCUACUGGUACCUUCCUCCAGAGUGUUUUGUGGUGGGGAAGGAGCCGCCUAAAAUCUCCAACAAGGUGGACGUCUGGUCCGUGGGAGUGAUCUUCUUCCAGUGCCUCUACGGACGCAAGCCGUUUGGCCACAACCAGUCACAGCAGGACAUUCUCCAGGAAAACACCAUCCUCAAAGCCACAGAGGUCCAGUUCCCUGCUAAACCACAGGCUAGCACAGAGGCCAAGGCAUUUAUCCGGCGCUGUCUGGCCUACCGCAAGGAGGACCGGUUUGAUGUUCACCAACUGUGCUCGGACUCCUACCUCCUCCCCCACAUGAGACGCUCAAACUCCUCCGGCUCCCUGCAGCCCUCCGCCUCAUCUCUCCCCACCUACUGACUGGCUCUCUCACAUGACUGACGGGACGCUCUGGCCAAUCUCAAGGCGGGAUUGUUGGAAUCUGAGGAUAAUGGAUCUUUUUUUUUUCCCAAAUGGAUGAAUAAGCAACAGAGCAAGAAUGAAAUGGAAAACAUGAGAUGGGAGGGGAGAAAAAAGUGAAGAAGUGGAAGAGGGAUGCUCCCUUUUGCGUACGUUGUACAGAGUUGUGCCCCUUGAACUCAACGGUGUGAGAUAGGGGGAAAGAACAUAACUGGAAAAUUGAAGGUGAAGAGAGAGAGGGGCAAGAAUCGAAAGAGAGGCUCAGCGUUGUUUGGAGCCGGAAAAGAAAGUGGAUUUCUGUUUGGACUAUAUUAAAUAACCCCUUAAGGAGACAUUUCAACACCUAUAGGAGCUCCUAGACUCCCUGUCCUAACCCACCUCUCUUAGCUCUACAUCUCACAAGAUGGCUUAGAAUUUAUUCAUCAUAAAGCCGCUGUUAUAGAUGUUCUCUUGUUGCUGAUUUGAGGAUGGGCAUUGACCGGCGGGGAACAGAAAAAAAGGGGUGAACACAGGUGUGUGCGUUGCAGAGAAGGUAUGAGUGUGCAUCUAAUAUAGGCUCGAGUAAACCAACCAUUGUUAUGAGGCACAAAAUGAAUUUACCCUCAUAGUCCCUCUGCACAUGACGGGGGCUUCACUUAAAAAUGAUGUGUUGUAACUCGAUGAUGGGACUCGACUAAAAAGAGGAAAAAAAAAAAAGAAGUUCCAGAUUAAAUUUCUGGGGUUUGAUUUGCACUUCGGGUCCAGAUCGUGGUGAUCUGUGGUCUCACACAUUUGGCAUGAAGUACUACAGCGUGGGCUAGUUCUGAACUUAAUCAGUAGCCAAGUCCUCCGUUCACAUUUUUUCUUUUUGUUGCAAAGCAAUUCAGAUCUACUGCUGUUUUUUCUUUUUUUUUUACAGGAAGUGAAUCUGUCUUAAUCCAUUUUUUGUUGUUCAGAUAAGAGUCAAGAUGUUUCAAACAGCAGGAGUAUUACAGUACCAUGUUGUCACUGAUUGUCCUCAUCAACCUGUCUGAAGAGAGUUGAACUGAGCUGAGGGGAUCAGCUGUUACUGUACUGCAAAAGACUGGACACAGAACUUUAGUGUACAUUUCAUGUGCAGGAAAACAUUACUCACUAGCAAAUACAUAAUAUCCUCGCUUCCCAGUGUCUCACUUUGCUCCGUUUAUUUGUUUCCUCCUCAAAGCUGUUCUCAGUUUGCUGCUAUAAAUGUCGCUUUUAGUUUGUAUUAACGUGUGAAUGGUUUUCGCCUCGCAUAUGUGCAUACUUGAACUGUGUGAAGAGGAACGCUCUCCAGAGCCCCUUUUUUUUCUGAAACUAGCACCCGCUGUGCUAUUAGGGAGUGGGAGGUGGGGUGCAACACGUUCUUCUGCCACCGACAUCCAAUGUCCACAUGGGUUUUUGUUUAUUUCCAUGUACAAGUCCAACAAACAUUAUAUGGAGCAAAGUCCCAGUAUGCUGUGUAGUGAGUGAGGAAUGGUCACACCUGAAGUGGGUGUACGCUCCAGGUUGGCUGUGUUGCAGCAUGAUUUUACUGCAGCUAGAAAUCAAAUGGAUAUAUCCAAAUGUUGUCGUCCUGUAAAUAAAACACUUACCUGUA